AUGGAGCAAAUGUGUGCGUACGUACGUGUGCAGCAAACCAAUCCGUUUCUCCUGCAGACACGUGCGCCCUUAGCCUAUUGGCUGCUGGGCCCUCCUUGCAGCGGAUUAGUGGGCUUUGGCUACGCGCACUCGCGCGUGGCCUCAUUUGAUCAGUCGCGUGGUCUGUUGCGGACGCUUAUCCACUGCCCAGGAAAGUUAUCACUGACAUUACCAAUGCCGUCAUCGUGUGCCCGCUUGGCCGAGCAUCACGUGCAUGCGGGCGACACGUGUUUCCCCAUUGCCUUGCCCUGCCUCCUCUCCCCUGCACUCGUUCGUAAGCGAGUGAUGCCUAUCACCCACCCACACACACACACCCCACUGCGACAGAUGGUUUGUGGACCCUGUGCUGAUGGUUCGCCCAACCUCUCCCCCAUGUCAAGACAGGCACGAGCUCUGCACAUCAUACGGGCCUCCAGCCAACCUGGACGCCUUCGAUUUGCGGAUAUCGCCCAUUUGGACCAGACGAUCACUACCAUGCGACGACUCGUACCCCCCGUUAGCUCAACUACGGUUCCUGAGAAGAUCAACACUGUAGAAGAUCUGGAGACCCUUCUCAUUGACACCAUACAUCUCUUCAAAAGGCUCAUCGAGGAUCCAGAAAUUGUAACCGCUCUUAGGGCACGACUAGCUUCUAAGACAACUGCCGCGUCGAAUGAGGUGCCAGUGACCGCACCCCACCUAUCCGUUCCCUCUGUCCAAACGGAGGUCGAUAACCUCUUCACCCUCCUGAAACUGAAGCGAAGAUCCAAGAAACGCAUCAUACCCAUGCGCAUCUAG